GUUAUCCGAAUCAAUCUUUAUGCAAGAGACUGGUCCUCGAGAGGCCAUUGAAGCAGUUCGCAAAAGACUUAAGCAUGGAACCAACCAACAGAAACUAAGAGUUUUGGAGGUCUUGAAGUUGUUGAUGGAGAACAGCAAUCAAAAAUUCCACCGUGAAUUAAUCUCAAACGAAAAGAUGAAAGAACGAUUUGAGCUGAUCUUGAAUGCACCAGGAGAGGAUAUCACUGUCAAGAAGAGUCUUGUUGGAAUUCUGGGAGGAUGGGCAAUCAAAUAUAAGGGUGAGCCUGGAAUGAAUGUCAUCUCAGAUCUUUACGAAAUGGGUAGAUCAAAACUGGGUUUGCCUCGACGAGGUCGUUCUGGAAGUAUGCCCGUGAGACCCAGACAGUCCACACCUCCCAGACAGGAAUCACCUCCACCCUUACCUGCUCUUAUCCCAACCGAGACAUUGGUACCUUUAGAGCCUUCGCCACCCGUUGUCAGCCGCCCAUUACCUCCUCCUAUUGCUACAAAGGAGGUCAAGCGCCGGUCCCUACCUUCUGUUAAACCUAUCCGGACUACAGAUAGUAGUGGUAGCCGAGCAAGUGGUAGUGGAACAACACCUACUGGCACACCCACACGUGUAUUCAAUUUUGCUGCUGCCAAACCACGCAUCAUCAAUGAAGUUGCUCUCGCUAACCAGAACUCCAACAACCUUGUUAAUGCCCUCAAACUGAUCAACACCUCUGAAGAUCGAUGGGAAAUCGAUCUUCAGCACGAUAGUCGUCUCCAAGAUUACCGACAAAAGUGCGAAGAGUCAAAGAAAAAGAUUGUGCGUUAUGCUAGACUUGUAGAGGAUGAGGAGUGGAUCGGAACUUUGUUGGCUACAAACGAGGAGCUACUCAAAGCACUUCACAUGUAUGAACUGAUGGCCGUAGGAGAAGUUCCUACAAACAUGCCUUCGCCAUCCGCAAUGGUACUCCACAACAGUAGACCAACAUCUCCUCGGUCUCCCCAUACACGUCUCCCUCCACCACCACCACUACCUCAACAGCCUACUCACAUUCCUGCCCAGAUCGGCUACUAUGAACCUACAGACACACUCCAGUCAUUUUCUGCACUUCGUAUUUCUCCUCAAAAUACAAAUAACAGCAUCGAUAAUCGCUCGAGCACGGAGAGCAUUGAUCCCUUUGCUGAUCCAGUGGCACCAGUGGAUGAUAUUCCUUUAAGUGAAAGGGAACGAAGAGGGUAA